GGCUGAGAUAGCAAUGAGUAAUCAAGAGGUGGUCAUUCUGAGCGUGGGAGGUGUGAGAUUCGUAACCCGGGCUUCUACCUUGCAGCAGUUCCCCGAGUCCAGGUUAGCACGGAUGUUGAACAGUGAUGACCCGGAAUUUAAACUGGUGAAUGGAGAGGUUUUUGUGGACAGAGAUGGAACUUUGUUUAGGUACAUCAUGGACUUCUUGAGGACUCUCCAGGUCUCCUUACCUACUGAUUUCUCAGACUAUCAGAGGCUGCAGAGAGAAGCAGAAUUCUAUGGACUCUACCCUCUGGCCGACCUCCUGAGCCAGGAACACUUGCUGAAGCCGAGGCUGGAGAUCUUGGAAGUGCGUUUUUCUCUCCAAGAGAUGCAGGCCUUUUUCCGGAUCUUCGGUUCCUGCAGUACCACCGUUGAGACACUAGCUGGACAGAUCACUGUGUUUACAGGGCAGCAGUCAGGACAGAGCUGGAACAGCCCUUUUCCUUCUCAGAAACCACUCGUUCCACUUCCUUUGGAAAGGCCUUCUCAUCACGACAUGGUGUUUCAGUGCGGUACUGACUACUCUGCUGGUGACCAGUUUGUGGCCAGGUAUGUUUCCAUAAAGCCUGACAAUAGGAAGCUGAUUAACGGUACUAAUGUGCUAGGCCUGCUGCUUGACACUUUACUCAAAGAUGGAUUUCGCCUUAUAAGCACCAGGACAGUCUCCGGUGAAGAAAAAGUCGAAUGCUACAGUUUUGAAAGGAUGCAGAGGCCAGCAGGCCCUGCCGUCACGGUGAACCCAACCCCAGGGAGCUCCGGGGUAGCACAGGCAAGGAGAAAGCAAGUGCAGAAAGGGAAAUAAAGGCUUUUCCUUUCCUCUUUUGAAGGUGGAAGAGGGGUGUGUCAGCGGUAGUGGCCUUUUUUUUGUUGGCUUGUUUGAAACUGCAACUAUUGAGGGAAGUGACAAACAAACAGAUUUUUUUUUUUUUCAAGUAUUCGGAAAAAAAAAUUGCUUUCCUGCCUUUUACCACUCCACCCUCUUCAACUCUAAAUAAAAGUGAAUCACAGGUUCACUACUGGUUUUGUGGACCAGAUACCAGCAUUUUCAAGGGUCAUUUUUGGUUUUCACUGUGGCUAAAAUUUAUAUUAGGACUUGCAAAAAAUCAGCCAUUCCUUCUAGAAAAUCGUUUUAAUGUUCUGUGCUAACCUGUAAGUAGAUUUUAAAUACGUGAAGAAAUAACAGCUUGACACAACUGUCACCCCAGCAGUUUGGAGAAGUGGCUGGAAGAAGAAUGCAUGCCUCAACGAUUGAAUAUUGCUUCUGCUUUCAAAAGAUACACGUACACCGAUUCUCUUGCAAUUAGCUGAAAGCAACGUAACAGAAACAUCCCAAGUUGUAUUGCUCUCGGGCUCCGGACAUGAGAAAGUGGCUUUGUGAAGCCACCACUAGCGUCCACAAAAUAACGUGUUACUGUCUCUUGCAGAAUACUCCUCUGUCCUCUCCUCCCACUCCGAAGGCAUUAAGCUGCUCUUCAGUGCUGAGAAUUAAAUGAUAAAGGUCUUUGCGAACAAAGGGUCAGUUAAUUUUUAGAGCUUUAACUACAAAAAGAAUAAGAAUGUGAUAAACAGUCCUUCUGAUGGAAUAGUACAAUUUAAAACAAAAUAGUACACAGGAUUUCUUACCACUUGUUAAGCGCAAAACAUAUUUAGGAGGAAGGCUUGGCAGAAGUGUCUUUAAAAGCCUUGGGAUUGUUAGCCCCGUACAAUGCUUUGUAACGAUGCCAAAAUUAGCUUGGGUGCCAGGAGAGGUAAGUUAAUGAGGCCUUAUAAACUAAGAAUCUUUUGUCCUCCCUUCAAGGCAGGGAAAGAAGAUAGCAAUAACUUCAAGGAUUCGUUAUUUGAAUCUGACUUCUGUUAUUGAUAAAGCACGAUCUUUCCAAAGUUACAAACAGCCAAAUAGAGCUUGUUUGGGCUUUCUUGGCUGACUAAUUAGUUCUGGCUUUUCAUUAGCUCUAAAACGUGAAUUUAUGACUUUAUUUGCAGCACUUAAAAAUGGGGGUGGGGGGUGGGAAUCACCCGUCUGUUUCUUGCCCUUAGGAGUCUCAGUGAAAUGGAUCUGCCCAGGGUGGUGGUGCGGCUAUCGGACAUCUCUUUUCUUUUGCUACCACUGUAAUCCGUUUUAGCUUGAGACAAGUUCAGAAGUUCAGCAGCAAUGACGAGGUCCUCUUCACUCGGUCUAGACCACUCUGGGUUGAGAAUAACGUGAUUAGGGGACUACAUCUCCUCAGCUGCUUACGGGUUAUGCAAUGUAAUAAAUGUUGAGGAAUGUAAGAGUG